AUUUCCUCUUCUUCGUUUCCUCAAUGGCAGAGCAUUCGACAACCUCUUCCGAAUCCUCCUACAUCCAGAGCUCAGGCAACAACAAUUACAUCAAUCUCAAUUUCAUCUCUAUCACAAAUCAUUUCCCUCAAAACUAUUACCAUCAUGAUGAUGAUCUUACCACUUCGCCAUCUCGCCAUUCGAUUCUCACCUUUACCGCAUCAGCUUUGAUUAACUUUAUAGAGAUCAAGUACCAAGGAAAGGAUGAAUCCCCAUUUGAAACACAUCCCAGAAUCAUGUUAUUAGCAGUUACAAGUUUGAUUCUGUAUUUUCUAGCAUUUGAUGUCAGUUCAAGAUUCAGUGCUUCAAGUCUUACUGCGAUUAUUUGGCGAUUCAUGAUGGUGUUCUUUGGUCUUCUGUCACUGGCAGCUCUGCUCUCUGUUCUUCUCCCAGAGUCGCUCUGCCCUUUUGUAAUCUCUGUAUCAAUUUUGUUUUCGUUGCGUGAAUUUCCAUUAUCCAAGAUUGUGUUAUACUCAUGGAAUGCGAUUCGAGAAGCUUUCUUCUGGGUUGAAAUCUCUUCAGUGGAGCAGCAACGCCAGCCAGAUGGAUCAAUCAGACUAGUGACAGAGUAUCCCUUUAGACUCCUAGAAACUGUCUUUAUGGAGGAACAUGAGAUAGACACACUUCCGGUGUAAAAAGAGAGGCAGUAAAUUUCGUAAAUCUGAUUUCAAUAAAUUUGAUUCCACCUCCCCCCACCACAUGACCGCUUUCAUGGAUUGUUACUGAAGGUUAAGUUAGAUAAUUG